GGGCAUUAUUCUCGAGCAGUGCUGUUUCUGCAUGUGAACAGAAAGCAUCUCUGGUGUUUUCAUGAUACGUCGGAUGUCAGUCGAGUUUUUUGUGGUUCUUAUUCUCAUUUCAUGUUCAUGCUGCUGACCUGCUUUCAUGUUGUAACUUGUGUGCGUUACUUCAAAGCAACUUUAAGAGCGGUAAGUCUACUGUUUACAUUUUUUUGAAACAAUUAUUUUCCAGUUUGAGAUCUUGUGUGUUAGAUAAUGCAUUGUACAGUAUCUUGUUACAUUUGUAAAAAUCAUUGCUUACUUGAAUAAUGUCUUGUAGACUUAAGCUUCUACAGGAAGACAGCAUAUAAUAUUUUGUCAUAGGCUAUCAACAGAUAGCUCUGAAACCUAUUCAUAUAUGCAUGACCACACAGGAACCUAGGUAUCUCUGCUAGACUUCAAGAGCUUUAACCAUCACCACGAGCGAGCGAGGAAGACUCGUGCGCUCUCAUUUAAAGACUCCAGCUGCUGUUUUCAUUGAAGUUGGAUCUAUCGUUUAUCAAUUAGUCUUUUUCUUCUUGCUCAGACUAAUUUUGUUCUGAAGGAGGUUUAUUAUUCAAGACCCACUCUGUGCCCAGCUUUGGCAUGGAUCGACGGUGCACUAUAAUAGUUGUUCUUUUAUUCACUGGAGCUUUGACCAGCAGUACAAGUCCAGAGGAACUCCAAGUCAAUUUAGAGCCAAAGUACAUUAAAGUCUGUGAAGGAGACUCAGUCACAUUCAACUGCACUUUUCAGCCCGGUGGAAGUUAUAAACUGAAGUGGUACUACAGUCCUACUGAUUUAGACUGCAACUCUGGAACAAAAAGAUUGCUUGAAAAAUCACAUUAUAAUACAGAAAACUUGUCAAUCUUCACCAUUAAUUCCAUCAAACUCAAUGAGAGUGGAUGGUACUUCUGCAAGGUUACGAGAGAUAUUCCUGUUCUCAUAGAAGAAUGCAGUAGUGGAACACAAGUUCUGGUCGAUGCCAAAAACACCACUGGAAAUACAGCACAGCCACGGAUGCAGAAAACUACGCAAAAUCUAACGACACAAGAUCCCCCAACAACUUGCUCGAUCAUUGCCACAACAAUCCCAACAACAACCAUCCCUCCACCGCCCAACGACGUUCCGUGGUGGAUAUGGCUAGCGUUGGCAGCUGGAUGCGUCGUGCUACUUGUGUCAAUUGUUGUCGUAUGGAUCUUGACUCGCAAACCUGAAGAGAACAUCUAUGAGAACACCAAACCAGUGGAAUCGAGCUGCUGGAGGCGAAACCAGACCAAAGUGGACAUCUGCGACGUGCAGUCCAAAAAAACUGAUACCAUUAAACCGCUGAGGAAGUACGACACUCUUUCAAGCAACAGAAUCCGUAGGCCAUAAGUAUUACAUAUGACAGAAAUAUCCCCUGAAAACACAUUAAAUAUCUGAUUUCAAAUGCCUUACCAUGGACACAAAUUUAAUUUUGUAAUGUAGCAUUUCCCCGAGAUGGGAAGAUGUAAAUAUUUCUUUUUUUCUUUCUUUCUUUCAUUUUUUGUCAGAAAGAGAUACACGAGAAACCCUGAUAUUUUUCCUUUAAUGACUUUCAGUUGUAUCAUACUGAAACAUUCUGUGGUUACAAAUACAUGUGAAAAACAACGAAAAAAAGAAAAAUAUGCUACGCUCCUUUUCCACUCGCAAUUAAUAAAGCAUAUUAUUGUGACUGUACAAGUAGGUCUAUGGCAUUUCAGAACCAACAUAAAGAUGAAUCGACCAUGAUUAGAAAACAAACCACAUAGCCUACUGUGAGAGUGGCAAAUGGGAGAAGAAAAUAAGGAAUUGAGCUGUUUCAUACAUAUGAAUCAUUAAUUCUUAUGUAGUCAUUAAAGGAACUGAGAAUUUUCUUUGAACACCCGUUUCUACAUAACUCUUACUCUUACUUGGGUUAGAUGCCAUAUUGAAUUUAACACAUGUUAAAUGUGAAGGACAGACUAACAGUCUUUGCAAUGGCAUGCACUGUAUAUAUCAAAACUCAUAAUAACUUAAAACACUGUUCUAUGGUGUUUUUGUCUACUGAAGCUUUUGGAACAAUGAUGUUGUUAAACAAGAAUACAAUCGAUUGAACACUCUGUACUUCUAUCCCUCACAGCCUCGUUUCAUUCAGACCAAAAAUUAAAUAACGUUACUCGGCUUUAUAACCUACCUCAAAUCUUGAAAAUAACUUAAAUGAACACUCCACUAUUUUUGAAAAUAGGCUCAUUUUCCAACUUCACUAGAGUUAAACAGUUGAGUUUUACCGUUUUCUAAUCAUUCGGCCGAUCUCUGGGUCUGGCGUUAACACUUUUAGCUUAGCUUAGCAUAGAUAAUUGAAUCUGAUUAGAUCGUAAGCAUCUCGCUCAAAAAUGACCAAAGAGUUUUGAUAUUUUUCCUAUUUAAGUCAAGUCAAGUCAAGUCACCUUUAUUUAUAUAGCGCUUUAAACAAAAUACAUUGCGUCAAAGCAACUGAACAACAUUCAUUAGGAAAACAGUGUGUCAAUAAUGCAAAAUGACAGUUAAAGACAGUUCAUCAUUGAAUUCAGUGAUGUCAUCUCUGUUCAGUUUAAAUAGUGUCUGUUUUAAUUUGCAAUCAAGUCAAUGAUAUCGCUGUAGAUGAAGUGACCCCAACUAAGCAAGCCAGAGGCGACAGCGGCAAGGAACCGAAACUCCAUCGGUGGCAGAAAGGAGGAAAAAACCUUGGGAGAAACCAGGCUCAGUUGGGGGGCCAGUUCUCCUCUGACCAGACGAAACCAGUAGUUCAAUUCCAGGCUGCAGCAAAGUCAGAUUGUGCAGAAGAUUCAUCUGUUUCCUGUGGUCUUGUCCUGGUGGUCUUCUGAGACAAGGUCUUUAUAGGGG